CUGCAGGUCCAGAAUGAUUUAGAAUCAGGGAAAAUAAAUUUUUUUAGCUUUCAGCUGAGUAUUUUGAACUGUGACGUUUCUUGUCUAAAAAUCCCAGAUUUUAUUGUCAUUUAGAAAGAAACCAGAAGUAAAUAGUUACUUAUUUGUAGUCGCAAAAAAAGAAGACUGAAGAUAAAAAUGAAUUUCUCCGAAGUUUUGAAAAAAAUCCCAACACCCAACGUUUCAAUGCCACAAAUACCUCAGAUUAGUAAAUUUGGCUUAAAUAAUGCAAAGGAGGAUAUUGGCAAGGCUCCAAUCAAUAUGACUCAGGAGGAUAUGCAACAACUUAUUCACUAUAUCGGGGAAUCUGUACUUAUCCCAGAAGAUGGAGCAUUUAUCGCUUUAUGGAUUCUUACAUUAAUUGAUCAUUGGAACAAUGAACAUGAACGUUUAGUUGUGUUAACUGAAAGAAACUUCUAUCUAUUACGAUAUGAUUUUUCACAAUGUCGUGUACGUGACAGUCGACGUAUUGGUCUUGGACAAUUGAUCAGUGUUGUAACUGGACCACUAGUAUUUCCUGCUAAGUCAUUAAUGCCUAUUCGUAGUUCACCUGGAGUUCAAAUGAAAUGGGGUGAUGAAAAUGAUGUGAAAAUUACACAGAAAUGGAAUCCUUUAUGCCGUAGUCUACCAUAUGCCACAUUGACUCAUCAUCCUGUCUAUUCUAAACGUGAUCAAUUACCAUCGAAACAAGUGAAUGUACCAGGCGCUGGUUAUGAAGAUUUAUCUAAUCCAGUAUCAGUAUAUGAUGUGAAUAAUUUUCUUACAGCUUUACGUGAAGCUUGUUCGGGUAUGAAUGUUCAGUUUACUAAUGCAGAAAUCAUUAUUGAAAGCUAUGGCAACUUGGGCAGUGUAGUUUUCAAUCAAAGUAAUCUGGGUUUCGCUAAACCGAAAAGCCCUGCGACUUAGUUCUUCGAAAUAACUGUCAAUACUACUUAUUGAAUAAAAUAUCCCUUCAAAGGCAUUCUGUCUACAUUUAUACUGUAGUCGAAGAAAUUUAUUCUUUAAACUUCCUCUUCUAAUUAUUUUUUACUUCUGGUUGUUAAUAUCCAUUAAAAACCAUAUUACUGUUAUUAUUAUUAUUACUAUUAUUCAUUUGACUAUUGUUUUGUCUCAUUCACUGUGUCUAUUCGUCUCAUUUUGAAUAACUGACAGUAACACGACAGCCAAAUUUUAUCAUGAAUAACGUUUACUACUUACCACUAAAACCAGUAGUAAUGCAUAGAAAAAAGUAACUAGCCUGAAUUUCCUUCGAAAUUUUGAUUUUAUCAACAAUUCUGUAAAACACUUCUUCGACAAAAGUGAAACCUUUUAUUUAUCGAAUUCCUCAUUCAUUUUUGUUAUACUUUCUUUAAAGUUAUUGGACUCCUGUUUAAAUAUUAACAUACUGAUACUUUGAUUCAUAUCUAACGGUAUAUAUAUAUAUAUAUAUAUAUAUAUAUAUAUA